UUCAUUCAGUAUAUAUGACCAUGCAGCCUGCAAUUCAAGUAUGGUUUGGGGAGGAUCUGCCUCUGAGUCCACGGAGUCCUCUGACUCCCAGACAUGGACCAGGAUUGGCUGAUGUUUGUCAGUAUGAUGAAUGGAUAGCUGUGAGGCAUGAAGCCACUCUGUUGCCUAUGCAAGAGGAUCUGUCUAUUUGGUUAUCUGGUCUGCUAGAUAUUGAAAUUAAAGCAGAAAGGUUAUUGGAAGAAUUGGAUAAUGGAGUACUGUUGUGCCAACUAAUCAAUGUUCUUCAAAAUAUGGUAAAAUCAUGCAACUCUGAAGAAGCAGAGGAUUUUCCAAUGGGAAAAGUACCUUGUAAGAAAGAUGCUGCAUCAGGUUCGUUCUUUGCCAGAGACAAUACUGCCAACUUCCUUCACUGGUGUCGUCACAUCGGGGUGGAUGAGACUUACCUCUUUGAGUCUGAAGGCUUGGUUUUACACAAAGAUCCAAGGCAGGUGUAUCUUUGUCUUCUUGAAAUUGGUCGAAUUGUGUCAAGGUAUGGGGUUGAGCCACCAGUAUUAGUAAAACUUGAGAAAGAAAUUGAAUUAGAAGAAACCUUGCUUAAUACCUCUGGGCCCGAAGAGUCCAUCAGCAUUCCAAAAUCAUGCUGUCAUCAUGAAGAACUACAUGAAGCGGUUAAACACAUUGCUGAAGACCCGCCCUGCAGCUGUUCUCACCGUUUUUCUAUUGAGUACUUAUCUGAAGGACGGUACCGACUAGGGGAUAAAAUUCUUUUUAUUCGGAUGCUUCAUGGAAAACAUGUCAUGGUCCGCGUUGGUGGAGGCUGGGAUACUCUGCAAGGAUUUUUGCUCAAAUAUGAUCCCUGCCGAAUAUUACAGUUUGCUACACUGGAACAAAAAAUUUUAGCGUUUCAAAAAGGAGUUUCCAAUGAUACUGUCCCUGAUUCAAGUGCCAGAACACCUCCGCCUCCUGAAAUGAACCCUCUGUCAGCAGUUAACACAUUUCAGAAGCAAAAUUUAAAACCAGGCAUGCCACUCGGUACUCCAAAGAACAAGGAAAAGCAGGCGCAUCAGCCGGGUGUAGCCCAGUCUGUAUCUUCUGUAAAAGGUAAUCCAAGUUCUCUAUCCGUCCGUCCUAAAUUUCCGGCUUCUCCAGCAGCCUCUUCACAUCUCAAGCUCAAGUCUUCCAGGGGCCUAACAAAGAAACCCCAUCCAUCCUCUGGCAGUGUGUCCUCUUCCCUUGCUCCUUUAAAUCCACUAGGUCAAAGCACUUCACCAGCUCUAUCUCGCUCGGCACCUUGUGCAUCUGAAUCUUUGAGAAAAUGUGUCACCUUCUCCAACACUCCCAAGGCCAAGACUACUCUAGCCCAGAAGUCAGGAGGUCCGCCCAAGUCUAUACUUUUACCAAGUAAAUGCUCUGGAAGAACAGAACCAGGGAACUUGAAGCACAAUCAUAUUUCUUCCAAAGAUGAGGCACCUACAAAUUCAUCAUCAAAGUGUCCAAAGCUACCUAAAGCAAAUAUGCAUGUAAGACCGAACCCUUCUCCUUCUUUUCAGUCCCCUGCAAAAAUGACAAAAUCCAGUUCCAAAACCACAGCUGUGGGUGUAGGAAUACAGUCUCCGCCAUCUAAUGGAACCCCCCGGGCAGGGGUGAUCCCAGGACAGAAGAUAAAAUCAGCCUUACGCUCAGAUCAUCCAGUUUCUGUGUCCUCACUUUCUUCUGCAAAAGUAACGCAAAAAUCAAAUGAUAAGAGUACAGUUUCAGUUGCCAAAAAGCAUCCACAGAGUAAAAGCGCUCACCAGAAGACAGACCUGAGUUCCUCAAAGUCUCCCAGCCGAACUCCCCUGUCCAUUGUGAGUGUUCCCCAGUCUGCUGCCCAAAUGCAAACUGCAGCCAAGUCAGCACAGACAGCCAGUAAGGGCCAGUGUUCAGCUAGAAGGCCUCCAAUAAGUGGCAAGGCCCCAGCUCCAUCCAGGAAACCACCCUCAUCUCUUAGGGGAGCAGACAGUGGAGAGAAAAAACCAACUGCAAAGAAAAAGGAAGAUGAUGACCACUAUUUUGUUAUGACAGGAAGUAAGAAACCAAGAAAAUAA